GCAAUUUCUUUCCUCACACCCUUGGCUGUUAUUUGUGUGGUGAAAAUUAUCCGACGAACAGACAAGACUGAAAUUAAGGAAGCCUUCUUAGCGGUGUCCUUGGCUCUUGCUUUGAAUGGAGUCUGCACAAACACUAUUAAAUUAAUAGUGGGAAGACCUCGUCCCGAUUUCUUUUACCGAUGCUUUCCAGAUGGAGUGAUGAACUCAGAAAUGCACUGCACAGGUGACCCUGAUCUGGUGUCCGAAGGCCGCAAAAGCUUCCCCAGCAUCCAUUCCUCCUGUUUCACCUGCUCCCUGCCUUCUCUGGGUAUCUGGUAUCGAGCUUUCUUUGGAUAUCUGGUGUCCUCGGCCAGAUGUUCUUGCUCUGGCUGCAUGGUUAAAGCUAACUGGACUGAGAUCACUAAUUGGAUGAGCGGGAACGAGCUGGCUCCACUGGUUGACCCUGCACAUUAG